CCACCUCUUUGUCCUGGCCGUGGGCGCCGGGCUCCUCAGCCGCCCGCUCGGACCGGGCUGUGUCCUCAGUGCCUCUCGGCUGGGGGUCCGCCGGCCGGACUCCGGCCUCCUGAAGCGUGGCCCGGCGGCCGGAGAGAAGCGCAGACGCUCGGGCCCGGGGCUUCCUCGUCCGUUCCUUUUUGCAUUCGGUCAGGGAUGCGCGAGGCAGAAGCGCGCCCCGGCGGGGAGGAAGCAGCGAGCCCGAGGCCUGAGUUCCUGGAGGGGGAAGACACAACACACGUUUGCAGGGAGGCCCGGCAAUGCUGAGAGGGUCGCCGGAAUAAAACAUGCUUCCAGCGGCCCCUACACGCCUUCGGUCUUUCUAAAGGCCCUCGACGCUGCCGAGUUCCAAGCUGGACCCCCGUGUGCGGCCUUACACAGAACUUCCCAGGAAGUGUGCGUUUUGCACAUUUUGAGGGGAGUGGAGGCUCUCGGAUGUCAGCCGAAUAGGGUGGAAGGGAGUGAUCGUGGCGCCGGGAACUGAGGCCUGCCUCCCUACAGGAAGCUGGUCACUCACUCGCCCAGGGGCAUUGGGCCCGUUAGUCCAUCGCUGGGAGCCUCACGUCCUUGUCUUUAAAAUGAGCAUGGUCAUCCUUACUGCUCUCAGUUCCGUUUUGAAGAUUUCCCCAGGAUGGGACACUGCCCUGAGUGUCCACUGGGGUUGAGGUCUUAGAAGACGCUGUCAUCUCCAUCUGUUUACAGUGAUUGGAGACCCCAUUAGGAGGAGACCAGGCAAAAAAUCUGUGCUGGGCAGAUCCUUGGGAGUGAAGCUGCUGUGCACAGAGUGAGGGUAUUUCCUGUUUAUCCUCACUCCACUGCAGUAACCAAGAACCAUGUGGCCAUUACUCAGAGGGACCUGAACAAUCCGGUGAUAUCGGCAGAGGAAAGGAACAUGGCCUCUGGGAUGGUGAUAAGUGGGACUGAGGAGAUGUUGAUUCCAAAGCAACAUUCCUGAAAAAUCAGAAUCAUGCUGUCAAUAGAAUUCCGUGGAGCUGUUGCCAAAGAGAUAAACAUGUAGAAGUUUCCUUAAAAGGAAAAGAGAAGACUUUAGAAGCCAUUGGAAUGCUUCACGUAGGAGAAAAUGAGGAGAAAGACGAGAAACUUCAAACAUAAGAUGGUUAAAGACAAUAAAACCCUCACAGACCUGAGUGACCAAGAAUCUGAGAAAGAUGGUAGUCAGAACUGUGACCCCGCAACAAAUGAGAGCGUUCAGGCUGAGAAGAGACAGUAUGUUUGUGCCGAGUGUGGAAAAGCCUUUAGCCAGAGUGCAAACCUCACAGUACACGAGCGAAUCCACACAGGAGAGAAACCAUACAAAUGUAAGGAGUGUGGGAAAGCCUUCAGUCAUAGCUCCAACCUUGUUGUUCACCGGAGAAUCCACACUGGACUGAAGCCCUAUACUUGCAGUGAAUGCGGGAAAUGUUUCAGUGGUAAGUCGCACCUCAUUCGGCACCAGGGAAUCCACAGUGGGGAGAAAACUUACGAAUGUAAGGAGUGCGGGAAAGCCUUUAGCCGGAGUUCAGGACUGAUUUCCCAUCACAGAGUUCACACUGGGGAGAAGCCUUAUACUUGUAUCGAGUGUGGGAAAGCCUUUAGCCGGAGUUCAAACCUUACUCAGCAUCAGAGAAUGCACAAAGGAAAGAAAGUUUACAAAUGUAAGGAGUGUGGGAAAACAUGUGGUUCUAAUACAAAGAUUAUGGACCACCAGAGAAUUCACACUGGGGAGAAGCCUUAUGAAUGUGAUGAGUGCGGCAAAGCUUUCAUCUUAAAGAAGACCCUCAGUGAACACCAGAGACUUCAUCGUAGAGAGAAACCUUACAAAUGUAAUGAGUGUGGGAAAGCUUUCACUUCCAAUCGAAACCUUAUUGAUCAUCAGAGGGUUCACACUGGAGAGAAGCCUUACAAAUGUAACGAAUGUGGGAAAACCUUCAGGCAGACAUCUCAAGUUAUUCUACAUUUGAGAACCCACACUAAGGAGAAACCAUACAAAUGUAGUGAGUGUGGGAAAGCCUAUCGCUAUAGCUCACAACUUAUUCAACAUCAGAGAAAACAUAAUGAAGAGAGAGAAGCCUCAUAAAUACAGUCAUGCGUCACUGAAGGACCGGGAUACGUUCUGAGGAAUAACAUUGUGGGAUAAUCUUGCCAUGUAAACACUGAGUGUACUUAACCAAAACGAAGCUACAGUGUCGCCAGGUGGUAUAAUCAUUUGAGACCACUGCCUUAUUUGCAGUUUAUCACUGUUAGAAAGUUUGUUGUGCAGUAUGUGAUCCUAACAAAUACUCUUGGUCAUAGGGCUAAUUACCCCUUUCUGAAAAACAGUUUUUAAGUAUCCUCAUGAAUUUCUAGGAUUUCAUAUAGGGAAAAGUAUACUUAGAUUGAAAAAAGGGAUACUCAUGCCAGCAUCACACAUAACUGGAAAAAAGAAAACUAGUUUUUUUAGUGGUACUGGAUUUAAAUGAACAGCAGUCCAUCUGUGUGAUUUUUGGAUAGCCAUUAUAAGCAGUUUUAAAGAAUAUUUAAUGCCACAGAGAAAUGAUUUGGAUAAAAUGGAACAAAGAAGGGAAAACAAUGACAUAUAAUCCAAAUUUUUUUAAAUGUGUAUGUGUAGGUAACAAAGGGAAGGUAGUAAACCAAAACUAAAAAUGUUAACAGUGAUUAUCUCUGGGUAAUAGGAUUAUAGAUGGUUUCUAUUUUUGUGUGUAUACUUUUCUAUGCUUUCUAGAUUUUCUACAAUGAGAAUGCGCUACUUUUAUAUUCAGGAAAAAAGUACAGUAUUUUUUUCAGUGCAGUUAGUACAUACCCAUGUUCAUUCAACAGUGUUAGGAAAGGCAUAUGUAUACAGAGGCAAGUUCCAGGAUUGCAAACCAAUGCAAGAGGGUACUUCAAAAAAUUCAUGGAAAAUUAAAAGAUGUUUAUUUUGGUACAAAACUAUUCCAUACAUAGUUUUUUCAUAAUAUGCACUUUCCAUAAACUUUUUGAACACUCUUUGCAUGGAUUUCAAAAUGUUUUUUGCACCAACAUAUUUUUUAACUUCAUCUUCCUUGAACUUUUCAAAGUAUCCUCACUGGUCCUGGCACUUUGCAGCAGAGGACCCAUAAGCAAGUCACUUCCAAUGGAGCCUGUUUCCUGCUCAGUGGAAUCACAGACACCAACCCUUUGUCUUUUAAGAUAAGCUGACUUGACAGUUGUCAACAAAAUGUGUGAUCACUGUUAGGUUAAAAGAACACUGCAUCCUAUGGUUAUGGGAGGAUCCACAGAUGAUAGAGAACUACUUAGGCUCCAUUUUUUUCUGUAUGUAUCUAAACAACUAGAAGAAAAAUGGCUUUGUGAAAUUGAAAGAAUUGUAGGCUCAAACACUUUAAAGAGUUACCAUUAAUAUAAAACUAGUGGAAGUCUGCUGUCAUAUGUUCUGUAGAGCUUAGUAGCUAAAUGUGCUUUAGGGUGGGUGAGAUCUGUGUUCUAGUUCCAGAUCUACCACACACUAGUGUGUUGAUUUCAGAUAAGUCACUUUACUGCUGUGAGCCUCAGACUUUCCUGUAAAAGAGGAAUAGUUCAUAGGAUUGUUGUAAAGAUGAAAUUAAAUAAUGCACAUAAUGUACAACAAGCCUGGUACUUGGUAAACAGUAAUAGCUUAGGUGUAGGGCAUUGGCAUGGUAUUUCUAAACACUUCACCGAGGGUGACUGAGGAGGAGUUUUGCCAAAGGUAGUAUUUUCAGGUGUAAUGAACAGUACCAAAUGGUAGUAUAGACUUAAGAACACUGAUGAUUUACUUAAGGGGGAGAAUAGAGGUAAGCAGUUUGAAAUUUUGCUUGGUGACUUAGCGGUUCAUCAAACAUCCACGUUAACACCACAGUUGUCAGCAUAUUGCCGUUGUUCAUAUUGCAUAUUGCAUUGUUCAUAACCCUGUGGUUGCAAGGCAGUUUCCCCAGCUGCAAGUUUUUCUUCACACAGCUCCUUCAAAGUCUGUAAAUAAGAAGUAGAGACUCUCUUUGGUUCCUUUCAUCAUUGAGAAAAAAAAAAAAAAAAACCUUUCCCAAAAGAAGGGAAGGGUGGUACUGAGUAGUCAACACUACAUUUGUUCAGUGGCUUCCUCUGCCUUUCCUUAUGCCAGCCUCCAAGAAAGCCUUAGCCCAUCUUCAAAUAGUAUUUGAAACUUGUAAGUUCUUAGUCCAGAAUCCAUCUGAGAACACUUAAAAGCUCCCCAUUCCCUAAGGCCAGUGCCAUUUAUCUUAUGCACAGAGUACUUCAUUGUUUCAGGAACCGUGGAGAAUAUGUUAUCUCAAUCUUCCCAUAAUUUGCACAAGAAAACAGUCUUGGUGAGGUUAGAUGACUGGCUAAUUAAGUCAGAAUUUGAGCUCAGAUCUGACUUUGCAGUUCAUUUUCCCUUCUUUAUACGAAAGUGCCUCUGCCCAGGAUGGUUUCUGUGUGAAUGUGAAACCAGAUGAUUGCAUCUGGACAGUUAUUUGAGCAUGGUUUCGUAAGGAAGUUGCUGUCAAUCUUCUCUGAGAUUUAUGACCUGUAUUUGAACCUCAUAAUUUUUUCUGCGUCCCCAAGUCUUUAAAAGUGUGUUAUUUGAAAGGCAGAAUGAGACUGAAAGAGAGGUCUUGCACUGGUUCACUUCUUAAAUGCCUGUGGCAGCUGGGGCUGGGCCAACCCAAAGCCAGGAGCCUGGGUUUACACCUGGGUCUCCCACAUGGGUGGCAAGGACUCAGUACUUGAACCAUCAUCAGCUGCUUCCUGGCCAUGUUGGCAGGAGGCUGAGCAGAGUCUGAGGUGGAACUGGAUCCCAUGCACUUGGGUAUGGGAUGUCCGUGUCUGAAGCAGAGGCUUAACCACCUUGUUCCACAAUGCCCUCUGCUGUAGCUCAUAAUUUAGAUUGAAGGGUUAUAUAUUCCUUCCUUGUUACUGGAAAAAAAAAAAAGAAGUGACGGGUGUGAAAAUUAAGUAUUUAUAUGAAAAAAAAAAAAAAGCUCCUGUUUGAUACGAUAGUGCUUUGCACAUGAUUUUGUGAUGCAGUAUUCCCUGUUGGCAUAUUUAUUUGAAGCAGGGCUUGGAAGGCCUGGAACAGAUUUGCUUCAUUCAGGAGAUAGGGCUGUGACAUCGUCACUGACUGUUGAUGCUCCCUGAAUUGCUGAGCAGAUAUUUUCUGAGCAAAACAUGUUCCCAUCACUGUGUCAUGGGUCUGUAAUUCUUUGCUUUAAUGGGCUUUUUCAUCUUAAAAGACUUUAUGAUCUAUGAAAGUAUCUUCUAGGAAGGACAUAAUAUCUCGCAUCCAGACAUCGGAAUACAGAAUAGCCUCCGAUUUCUUGCCCCAGGCAAGCUAGGAUUAGGGUCCCAUGAGGAAGCCCUCAUUCAUCUUCUAGGCUGAUGCCUGCAUACGUUGCAGGAGUCAGCAGUGACGACAGGUCCCUGAAUUCUUUCAGGUCAGUAUAAUUUGAACGGGUCACCCACCUUCCUGCUCGAGUCUACAGGAGUACCAGCCGUUGGUCAAAGUUGAAGCACGCAGCCCUUGGCAUCCUAUCAAGCCCUUUCAUAACAACCUCUGGUGUUCUACACUUUCUUGUCCUGAUGCAAACCUGGCUGCUUCCUAAGGGCAGUGUUCGCUCGGCGGUCCCUCAGUUGCUAGUUUCUGUCUCCAUCAGAACCCUAGGCGUUUUGAAGUGAAAUAGACUAUGCUGUGUUACCCCAUCCCUGUGCUUGUCAUCUGCCAGCCACUAACACUUAUUCACUUAUUUAUUUAUUUAUUUUUAGUACCCCAAAUUUUCCUAGCCACAAGUAUUCUGAUAUUAUAGAAGUACUUCUGUGUGGAAUAAAAAUAUGUAUGCUCCUUUUUAGUUGAGAAGGAAGUGGGAAAUAAAACUUCAUAUAGCUUGAUUCAAGGGAAGUACGUAAGGCAGAAAGAAUUCUUAGAGAGGGAAGUGUCUGCCUGGACCUAGAGAUCUUUUUUGUAGAUAGUAUGUCCUGUUUUAGGUCUCACUUGGAAGAAAAUUAAAACCAAAAAGAGCUUUAAGUAGCUGAGUAAUGAUGUUGACUCUAAAUCCUGUACUAGAUUUCAUUGCAGUCCUGUGUCCUUGUUGACAGAUGAUGUCUUUUUAAAAGUUAUUUCCUAUCAUUUAAAUGAGGGAUGCUCAUUUUUUAGAUUUUAGUCAAUAAACUGUCUUCAAUUACCUCUUAUAAAACUACAGUCUUAAAAUUGUUUUUUUCAGGAAAUAGUGGUAUUCCUCCAAUAAACAUCUGCUAUUCUUAUA